UUUACCUAAAUUAAACAGGAAAAUAUUUAAAAAAAAUUAUUUCUUUUGACUCCAAAUUCUCGCGAGAUUCUUUGUUUGGCAACAACAAAAUUUGCAGUCUAGAUUGGUAACACAAUUGUCUUGGCCUUUCUUUUUUGGAAUCCACACAACCGUAUGUACAUGCUGCGAUAAGAUGGCAAAGAAGCAUAAAGUGUGCAUCAUUGGUGCAGAACCAUGGGGCUCUGCCAUAGCGACUGCCGUGGGCAUUAACGUGCUUAAACACGACUUCGACACUCGCGUUCACAUGUACGUUUACGAUGAGCUGGUGAGAAGCAACUACCUCUCCGAGGUGAUAAACGAGCAGCAUGAAAAUAUUAAGUACAUGCCAGGCAUUAAACUGCCCGAGAAUUUGAUUGCUGUUAACGAUUUGAUUGAGGCGGCCGGGAAUGCGGAUAUUCUGAUAUUUGCAACGCCGCAAAGCUUUGUCAGAUCAUACUGCAAUAUAUUGGCCGGCAAUAUUAAGAGCAGCGCCUAUGCGAUCUCCAUGGUCAAGGGUUUGGACGAAGUGGAGGCUGGAGAUAUCGAACUGUAUUCGCACACAAUUAGCAAGCAGUUACAGAUACCCUGCUACUCGAUGAUGUGCGCCAGCUGUGCGAUGGAAAUGGCGCAGGGCAAGUUGUGCGAGAUAACCAUCGGCUGCAACAAUGCCGCGCACGCGCACCAGCUGACCACGAUGUUCCAGACCACCAACUGCAAGGUUGUUACCAUCGACGACGUUGACGGUGUGGAGCUGUGUGGCACGCUCAAGGACAUCAUUGCGCUGGGCGCUGGACUGAUCGAUGGCCUGCGUCUGGGUGACAAUGCGCGCGUCGCGGCCUUGCAUCUCGGCUUAAAAGAAAUGAUGCGCUUCAUCAAAACCUUUUAUCCCGGCACCAAGCUAUCCACAUUCUUCGAGAGUUGUGGUAUUGCCCACUCAAUUGCGUCCUGCUACUGCAACAAAAAUGUCAGAUUCGCCAAGAACUUUGUGAUGUCAGGUAAGACGAUGCAGGAGCUGGAGGCGAGCGUAAUGAAUGGACGCCAACUGCCUGGUCCAGUUGUAGCUGCGGGGGUGAAUGCGUUUCUGAAGAAUAAUGACAAGGAAGACGGAUUCCCACUGUUCACGGCCAUACAUCGAAUCUGUCAGAAUGAAAUUCCUCCGGACAGUAUUAUCGAUGCGGUGCGCAAUCAUCCAGACCUGAGCGGUUGUACCAUAACGAAAAUGCUCGACAAAGAAUUAAACGACCAACAGAAAGCCUCGGAUGUUACCAUGGAGAGCAGGUCAUUUGAAGAGGAUGCUGAAGCAAAUGUGGAGCUGCCAGAGACAAGGCAACUUUGGCGGUCGUUCUAUGCGUGCCAGCCACAGCGCAUAGACACCACUACCGAAAACGUCGAGCCAGUCGAGUCACAGUCCUCAUGGAAAUAUCUAGCGCAGGAACAGGAGCAACAAGAAAGUCCCGCGGGUACGGUGGAGCUUGCAUUUCAGACGAACCCCAAGCCAAAUGAAGCACAAAUCUGCAUAACAUUGAGUGCCGAUUUGGCAAAAGAAUCAGCAGCCUCAACCCUUGCCAAGGGAAACAUUGGCGAUGAAUCGCACAAGAUGAAUGAACCUCUUAGUCUGCAGCAGAAGAAGCAGCUUAGCACUGACCACACGUCCAACAACGCUCAAUGGUUUGAGAAGAUGGAAUCCUACGAUUUUACCGACGUGGAGCCUACCUACGCUGAGGCACGAGUGCCCGACUGGUUGGCCGACAAUGAGUGGCGUGCGGAGAACAAAGAGGACGAGGGCGAGUAUAUGCUCAACAAUGAGAACGAGACGAAUGAGGAAGUCAGUCCAGUCCACGAGGCGCUGAUGUCACCUUCAGGCGAUGGCGAAUGCCAGUCAUUAGGCGCUGGCUUGGCAAAGCUAGUGGAGAAUCAUGUAAAGCCCUACAACAAGCAGCAACAAUUCCAGUCAAUGAACGUUAGGGCAAGAAACAGACCGCAGCCUAAGACAACAAAGCAAGUCGAAAAGCAGUCGAAUAACAUGGAGAGCAACGCUCAAUCUUCUUCAGAUGCAAAGUUGAACAAAGCGAAUAGUUUGUCUAAAGAAACAGACACCCCUAGAGAUCAUAAAGUAUCGGCAAACAAACUCGAAGUGUCUAAAAAGCCGAUUGACACAGAAUUAGAAAAAAACCCCAACACCACGGCAAUUGAGAAAAAAGACCCACAACAAGGUCAGCGGGAUGUAAAUUCUUUACCCAGUGACUACAAUGUUAGUGCCAAAUUGCAAGAAGUGAGUCCAGUGAUAGAAUCAACCAAAUCGACGCCCAUAUGCGUGGACAGAGAAAUGGAGGCACAAGGCUCCAGCUCGAGCGAGCAAGUUCCGGCCAAUACAGGGCCCCAGGUCUUGUACGAACAAAGCAAUAUGAUCAACAUGCGCCUAGGAGAUUACGAGCCCCAGCUAUUUUGUGUGUCAGAAUCGAUGCAUCUCAAGGAAACGGACGCAAUAGGCAAGGUGCUGGAAGAUAUGAGUAAGGGUCAUGUGAUUGAAGGCGCAACGGAUGCCAUCGAUAAGUCCAUGAAACCAAAGGCUGAGAGCGAUUCCUUCUCACAGCACGGCAACAUUCCCAGUAGCAGUGGCGACAGCAACAACAACAGCAUGGAUAAUGCUAAAACUAUAGAACCGGGAGUGGAAUUACUGUACGAUGACGUACAAAUAGAGUCUUCUAUAGCGGAUACAUUUGCUGACAAUGAAGGUCUAAAGUCUUUAAAGUCCAAUGAGAAAGAGACGCUGGUCGCCUUGGAAAGCUGGCAACAGGAAUCUUUAGAUUCCACUGAUCAAAAAUUAGAGCAGCAGGAGCGGGUGACAGAAACUGCCGUAAACGCUCACAGUACGGAGCCGGUCGAAGGUCUUUAUGAGGGUAGGAGUGACGCCAAGCUCAGUGAGCAGCAGCAUCAUUUAAGUUCACCCGUUGAGCGUUCGGAAUUCGAGGAGGUUGAUGUAGAGCCUAAGCACGACAAUGAAGUUCCAUCAAACUAUUUAGGGCAGAAUCUGGAGUAUUCGGACCAGCAGGACUAUCAGCACGCACUCUCCCAUGACUCUCUAGAACAGUCAGAAGAAAGCGUAACUCAGACCAUGCGUUUUGAAAACAAGGAAGAUUGGCAGAGUGAGACCAUCGAGGACACCCACCAAACCACAGUCAAUUUGGAAACUGCAGAGGAGCUGCAAGAGCAACAACCGGAAGAAUCAGAGUUUCAUUAUUACUCCAUUGACAAGCCGGGAGAUCAAUCAACCCGCCAUAAGAAAGUGGAAGAGCACGAAUGGGACUGGCUCACGUUCAAUAAAAACUUCGAUAGCGAGGGCAAUGCCAUCAAUACCACAGAAGAAGACGCGCAUUUCGAGCAGUAUAUGAAAGAGGAGCAGGAAAUACAGCCAAAAGGUCCCAGCAUUGCACAACAGCUGUACAUGAGUGAAGAACAGGACAAUGUGCUCCAGGACCCUAGCACACAGGAACAAGAAAAGCAAUUAGUGUUGAAUGAAAAUUUUGAUUUUGAGCAGAAUUAUGACCCAGAUAAGCACAAUUUUCUGCCACAGCCGGUCUACAAUAAGAAUAAGAGAAGCGCCCAGGAGCCUGGAAUACCCACACCAGUCCCGCAGCCACGCACGGCACCGACGGAACCGGGUACACCAACACAUAUCAAUCAGCCUAUAUCUGUUCCCCCACCUGCUCCGAAACAACAGCCGCCGCAGCCACAACAGCCCGCACAUCGUAACGAACCCAUUCAACUAGAUUCCGAGCAGCCGGAUACUCAGUUCAAGGAUAAACAAAUCAAUUACGUAACCAGAACGCUGCAGCGACUCUUGAAUAAGGGCUUUCAUGCACCCAUCGAGGAAGAUACGCAGGAACAGGCUGCAAACGUCUCAUUCAAGGGUGAUAAUCCUUACAUAGGUAGUCCGCGCCUGCCAACCGAGCCAGAAACCAUUGAAACAUACCAGCCGGGCUUAGAUACUGAUAUUGCCCCUAGGCGGAAGGUGCUGAUGAAGCCGCCCUUCAACCCACCCAUAAAUCCGCGUAUGCGUACGCCACGUCCACCAUUCGACGGGCGUGACCAUGAGUUCCACACAAUGGCAUACCGUCCUCCUCCAAAUCUGAUAGUACCUGCCGUUGUUAGGAGUCGCCCUGUCACACCCGCUGUGACACCCUUUAGACAUACGGCCAACCUAAUCCACCAACCGACGCGAUCAAUUCUCCCACCAAGCGUGAUACGCUGCCCCACGCUGACCAAGAUUUUGUGUGCCGUGCAGCUGAGCUUCUUGGCCGUCCUUCUUGCGCGUUACCAGAAGAAGUAGGAUGCAUGUUUUUACAUUUUCUGCCAUUCGAACAGUACAGCAGAAAUAAAUUUCGCUAUUGUAAACUACAUACAAGUAUAA